UUUCUUAAUUGAAUUUUGAAACUGAAUUCAGAAUUUUAAGAAUUUCAGAUAACAUUGAUUGAUACAAGUUCGACAUGGAUCACGCAGCAGAAGCUUGUCAUACGGAUUUGAUGACCAUCACUCGUUUUGUUCUUAACGAGCAGUCCAGGUACCCAGAAUCACGUGGUGAUUUAACCAUCCUUCUCAGCCACAUUGUUCUUGGUUGCAAGUACGUCUGCUCCGCCGUCAAUAAGGCCGGUCUUGCAAAACUUACCGGACUUGCCGGAGAAACCAACGUUCAGGGUGAAGAGCAAAAGAAAUUGGAUGUGCUCUCAAAUGAAGUAUUCAUCAAUGCUUUAAAAAGCAGUGGCCGAUCGGUAAGUUGUACUCCAUUUGGUCACCACAUGUGGCUCAGAAAAAGCUUGAUGAUUUUUUUCCCUAAAGCUUUGAACCUUCUAUGGCAGUGCAUACUUGUUUCUGAAGAGAUUGAGGAGGCAAUAUUUGUUGAACCCUCAAAACGUGGAAGAUAUAUCGUUGUUUUUGAUCCGCUAGAUGGAUCCUCUAACAUUGACUGCGGUGUUUCCAUUGGAACUAUAUUUGGGAUUUAUAUGAUGAAGGAUAAACAUGAACCAACUUUGGAUGAUGUGUUGCAAUGUGGGACUAGUAUGUUAGCAGCCGGUUACUGCAUGUAUGGAAGCUCUUGCAUGUUUGUGUUGAGCACUGGAUUUGGCAUCAACGGGUUCACACUUGAUCCAUCUCUUGGAGAGUUUAUACUAACCCAUCCAGAGAUCAAGGUCCCAAAGAAAGGAAAGAUCUAUUCAGUAAAUGAAGGAAAUGCCAAGGACUGGGAUGCCCCAACUGCAAAGUACGUGGAAAAAUGCAAGUUCCCUAAAGAUGGUUCAUCACCAAAGUCCCUAAGAUAUGUUGGAAGCAUGGUAGCUGAUAUCCACCGCACAUUGCUUUAUGGAGGUAUCUUCUUAUACCCUGCUGAUACGAAGAACCCUACUGGAAAACUACGUGUUCUCUAUGAAGUUUUUCCGAUGUCAUUCUUGAUGGAACAAGCAGGUGGUCAAUCUUUUACUGGCAAGCAACGGGCACUUGACUUGGUCCCAACGCAGAUCCAUGGCAGGUCUCCUAUAUUCCUUGGGAGCUACGAUGAUGUUGAGGAAAUCAAAGCACUCUACUUUGAAGAAGAGCAGAAAGAAUAAUGUGCAAAUUCCAUUCCCUCUUAGUACUGAUUUUUUUGGAGCGGUUGUGCUACUAUUGAAAUAAAUUUUC